GCUGUAAUGAUGAUGCCUCUUCCUCCUCCACCCCCACCUCCCCCACCACGGAAACCUAACGACAAAGAAAAAGGUGAAAGAGUAGAAAAAGAUGAAGAGGAGGACAAAGAUAAGGAUAAGGUGGAGAAGGAAAAUCGACAAGAGAAGCAAGAAGACCAAGAGGAAAGAGGUAAAGGCGCCGCUGUGAAAAGGGUGAACCUACACGGGUCACCACCACCGAGUUGUGACCGGCGAGGCGGUGCUCCGAGGGGAAGGCGCGGAGCUCGCCCUCAUCCCUACACACGGGGAGGACGGACCCACCCACAACCCGAUCCACCUAUUCGACGGAAUUCGUUUGUUGUCCGGUUUUGCUUUGCCUGUGGAGCUGAGGCCCACCCCAGGGCUCCUGCUUGCCAGCGAUGUCGUGUUCGGUUCCAAGGGCGAAGAUGCGGAGCUUGCUUCGCCCCUGUGGCAGCUGAUAUGCAGAUCGAGGGCCACUUCUGCAUUUACUGUGGCGGUAUUUUGGAUGUCGUCGGAGUGUAUUCUCCCAACUGAUGGUUUUUUAAAAUGAAAAUAAAUCGUUGAAAACU